AUGGCAAAUAACAGGCGGUCAUUGGACAACUGUCCGGUAAAUUUGACGUUUUGACCGGCGAAGUAUUAGUCUGGUCUGCCACUCUGAGUGGUUAACAGUCGAAGAAAAUGAGACAGCGACUGAUCACCGACUAGAAUACGUGAGGCGGAGUGAAACGAACAAUCACAAUCUCCAGUCGCUUUGCAAGAAAGAAAUCCGCUAGUUGCAGAUUUCUAUGACAAAAAGAUUAUAAACGAUUCCAAAGUAUAUUUUAACCUAAACAGCAGUUCAGUGCGCUCAGGAGGCUUUGAAAUAAUAUUGCUUCCAACUAAACAGACAAUCAUUUUUGUCAAAACACGAACGGCAAUUAUUCACUCUUCAUGGUCACAAUUUCAUCACCGUUCACUUCUGUUCCAAGUUUACAGUUUCAAUCGUAAGACAGACAUUCCAACCCUCCAAAGCCAAAACUAGGAAGAUUUAGUUCGCCAAGGGCAUAUACCAAGUAUAACAGCCUAGUAACAGGGUGAGUUUUUACAUUGUUUUGGAUAUUUGUGACAAAUCUGCAUGAUCUAAACGUCUGACUCGGUUUUUUUCCCGGCCUUUCCGAUUACAGCUGUUCGUUCCAUUUGCGCGGGAAAACAGCGAGUGUGAGAGAAAAUUGUGUUAGUGGUCGCGUAUGAGUCGAUUUUUUGCUUGAUCAUAUUGCUUGGUUGUUUGACUUUCAGUUCGAGUUCGACGGCAAAAAUGGAUUUUCUGAAGUUACAGUGCGACCCACGAACUGAUUAAAUAUCUCUGAAGAAACAGUUUGACCAGGGUUUCAGCGAGGAAAAACAAAGCUGUUGUAAAUCUCUCUCCAACAAAUGCAAUCAAGUAUCCCGUUGGAUAAAACAAAAGGAGUGAAAAUGAAAUGAUCGACAAGGAUGAGAUUGGCCAAACACUUAUUCUGGAGGACAUUAUUUUGGCAGAUGAAACUAGCGGAUUUCUUGCUUGCAAAGCGACUGGAGAUUGCGAUUGUUUGUUUCACUCCGCCUCACCUAUUCUGGUUGGUGAUCAGUCCUUGUCUCAUUUUCUUCGACUGUUAACUACCUUGAGCUUGACAUAACGCUUUCUACUCUCAGCACCCCGCUUUUUAAGAGCAUUUAAAUGCUGGUAUAGCCAAUAGUUCUGAUAAACAAGCACUGUUCACCAUGUGUUUGACUCCUGGUGGAAUGGCUUCCUGGGAUGGCAAGGAUCGGAUAAAAGCGAUAAAAGCAGAGGUAAAUCGUGGUUGCAAGGAGAGAGUGUGGCGUGGUAUGUUUUAUGUAAUGGCACUCACCAGCGUCUCAGGAAGGCCACUGUAUUCAGUAUAUCCGAACACAGGCAGUUCAAUAAGGGACUUUCUUCACAGAAAGAUUCUCCCAUGCAUUUUGAAUGAGGGGGCACAAAACACUGUAUACAUCAUGUGGUCACAAGAUGGAAGUCUAGAUACGACUCCGAAGACCUGGUAAAAACCGAACCAUUCCAUCCCUAUUUUCAGGGUCUCUCAUAAACCCGCAUACUCAAAGUCAAAGACACCUGGAUCUUCCCGAAAUGUGGCUAACCCCAAGCCAUCUCUCAUAAAGAAAGGGACAACAAAGAGAACUAUCACCAGUUAUUUCUCAAGUGAAGUUGGGCAGCACCAAAAAGCAAUCAAGAGAACACGCGAUGAGGUGAAAUCCCCAUCUUACUGGGAUAACUCAGCAAGUGUCAAGAAAAGUAAGUUGGGUGUCACUGUGGAUAACUCUGAAACUCUGAUGAAGACUGAUAGCGCAAAGACAUCAUCUAGCAAGUUGACUUGUGCCACAGUUGAAAGGUGGACGGGCGAAGACUUAGCGGAUUUCCAGGCAGAGUUGUGGCUAACCUACAAUAGAAAAAAAACUGGCAAGGCAAAUUACUGUUCCGCAUUGAAAUGCCAUGUAUGCACUCUGUUUAAGCCCAUGAUCAAGAACGGACCGAAGUUCUCAAGAGCAUUUAUUGAUCGUUCAACCAACUUUAGACUUACAAAUGUGAUAGACCAUGCUAAAUCGGAAAUCCACAACAUAGCAUUUUCUCUUUACAAUAAGCAGAAAGGUGAAACGUCAUUGACUGUAGAGCAAAAUCGACAAAAGUUGGAUUUUAACUGAACUCACAACAGACUGAAGACCUUAAAAAGAAAUUUGACAUUUCCUACUUUGUGGUUAAAGAAGAAAUGCCUCUCUCAAAAUAUGAAAAAAAAAAUCACGCUUGAGAAAAGGCACGGUGUUCUGCAUGGGACAGUGUACUCUAACCGAACAGCAGUGACAGAGUUUAUAUCCUUUCAGGCAAACGAAGUUCUUACCAAGCUAUAGAAGGACAUUUCUCAGUCAAAGUUUCAUUGCGUCUUAUUUGACUCAACCACUGACAAUGCUGUUGCAGCACAGGAGGCAGUAUUUGUCCUUUACUUCGAUCCUCCUCCAAAUGAGCCCAAAUUAAGUAAUGACUCAGAGCCAAUGAUUAAAGUAAAGACAGGGUUCCUAUAAAUACAAAUUUAAAAAGUUCGGAUGCCCAGGGAGUACUAGUUGCACUGAAGAUGUCACUUGAAAACUUGGGACUUUCACAGGAAAGGGAAAUCCCCCCUACCCUUGUUGGCCUUGGAGGGGACGGUUGUAGCACAAACAGGAGUCAAACUAGCGGCGCACAAGCUCUGUUUAAGAAGUAAUUUCUUUGGCCCGUUUUUUGAUGGUGUGUAGCCCAUUGAUUAGAGCUUGCCCUUAAAGAUGCGCUUAGCAAUAUGUAUUUCAAAGAGGUCGACGAACUAUUGUUGAGGUUGUAUUACUUGUAUGAGAAUAGCCCAAAGAGGCUGAGAGGGCUUUAUGAACUCCAUACUGCAUACAAGCAGACCUUUGUAUUUGAACAGGGUUCUGUGAAAUCGAAGAGAGCCACUGGUACAAGAUGGAUCAGCCACAAUCUUGAUGCUUUAGAGAUUCUAGUUGACAAGUAUGGUUUAUUUAUUCAACAUUUGGAAACAUUAAGCUGACAAAUCCGUAAAACCAACCGACCAAGCAAAGUUGAAAGGCUUCCUAAGAAAAUGGACAAGUGGUAAGCUGUUCGUCUACUCCUGCUUCUUUGUUGAUCUAUUACAACCAGCAGCUGUUUUUUGCCAGGCAUUUCAAGUUGACGAUGUCGAUGUUGUCACAGUUUCGCUAGCCAUUUGGAAAGCAAAGAAACAGCUUAACAAUGUUCAGAAGCUCCAAACAUUUAGACACUACUUGGACAAGAUUUGACAACGACAAAUAUCAAGGUGAAGAGCUUCCAAACUUGGAAACAGCCAUAACAAAUUUAAAGGAACAUGCUGCAUCUUUUGUGCAGUUGCUGCAAAAUGCAAUAGAAAUUCGCCUUUGUGGAAAUAAUGACAUAGCAACAAUAGCAGACAUCCUGAAUUGAGAAGCAUGGGACUGAAAAAGCAGUGGAAACGAGUCCAUGGAUCAAGUCAUUCUGCGUCACCUUUGCCACUGUCAAGAACCUCUCAGACAGCAAGGACUCCUGGUAUCACAAAUCGAAGUAGUCAACGAAUGGCAUGACACGCUUGACUACACUGUGAAGUAUUUGUCACCAUCAUGCCAUCAUUACAGAGCAACAUGAUUUAAAAUUUUCAAUUCUUCAAGAAGUUUUCAAUGGUAAAACAUUUUGCUACUAAUUCGUUUAUUGUUUAGCGUUCCUGUACCUAAUGCUGUGUUGGAAAGGUUCCUCAGCAGUUUGAGACGAGUGAAGAGCGUAAAGAGAGCUUCACUCUCCCAACAAACUCUUGAAGAUAUCUUAAGGAUCCAGGCUGAAGGGCUACCAAUGGAGUGCUAUGACCCUAACAAUGCCAACAAAGAGUGGGACGGGGCGAAAAGAAGACGGCCAAAUCAGAAGGAAAGCCUACAAAAAAGGGCCCCGACAAAUCGCUUUCAUCUCAAAGAAGAUUCUUCUGACGAACGUUCAUCAAAAGAAUCUUCUGAGGAGAGUUUUUAAGUGCGAAGUCAGUAGAGACUGAUCAGUGAAAUGAUACAACUGUUACAGCUCCUGUCUUUGAUUAAUAUUGCGCAAUUAAAGCAGUGAAAUAGGUUGUUUUGCUGAAUUCUUAAUUUUGUUCUUUCACUUGGAAUUUUUUUUGUCCAACCAGACUGUUUCCUUGUCAGGUCAGGUCUGGUCUGGUCUCUGACCUAACAAAUGACCUGCUUAUGGAAAAAAUUAUUUGCAGCCUUGUUAUGGUGUUUAACUUUUUGCAGCCAGUUACUGAAAAAAUGAAAUAUUGGGAUGUCAAGAAAAAAACUGCGAGAGAAGCUUAUCAGGUUGGUCAAUAUUUCUUUCAUAUUCUUUCAUAAUGGAGCCCAAACAAGGCCAAGGUACCAUUAAUUAUGAAGAAUUCGUUUAUCAAAUUACUUUUCUAUUAUCUAUUUUCUUUUUCAUCAUAUACUAUAGAGGUAAAAGAGCAACUCGUGCAGAGCUAAAGAACAUAUUUAAGGUUAUGUAAUUUUAAUCUAAUCUACUUUCUUCGUUGUAGGAAGGAAAAGUCCGAAACAAGCCAGGACCAAAAGGACAAGUGCCAUUGUUUGCUGAGUUUAUUUUAGUUCUUGUGAGGCUUAGACUGGGUUUGUUGGUUGGUCAUCUUGCUGACCUUUAUUCACUUUCUAAAGGAUCUUCAUCUAAAAUCUUCACAACCAGGAUAAGUAUGCUCUACCAUAUGUUUAAGGACAUUCUUAUUGCUUGGCCUACAAUGCAGCAAGUUAGGAGGCAUCUCCCAAAGAGUUUUGCAGAGUUUCCUGGAACAAGAGUAAUUAUGGAUUGUACCGAAAUGAAAAUUCAAAAACCCACUCGCCCAUUUAUACAAAAAGUUACUUGGAGAAAUUAUAAAAGCUCAAACACCUUUAAGCUUUUAGUUGGAAUUUCUCCCACUGGUGCUUUCACAUUUGUCUCAAAACUGUGGUCUGGAGGUGUUUCAGACAGAAACAUCACUAUGCAACCAGGUCUCAUAGACACAUUAGGACCUAAUGAUGAUUGCAUGGCAGACAGGGGUUUUAACAUGAGAGAUUUGAUCACAAACAAAAGGGCCACUUUAAAUAUCCCUCCUGUCUCUAAAGGAGAGCAGCUUUCCACAAAAGCAUGUACAAAAACGCGACGCAUUGCAGCUGUGAGGACACAUGUUGAGAGGGCUAUUCAAAGGUUGAAAGGUUUCCAGAUCCUUCAGGGUGUCCUGCCGCUGUCCCUGGCCUCAGUGGCUGAUCAAACUCUUAUAGUGUGCUGCCUUUGCCACUUAAUAAAACCCUUGGUUAAAUAA